AUGGUGUGGGUUGAUAUUGCGGAGGAACUGCAACGUUCACUGAGACUCUACACGCAAAUGGCAUCGCUACAAACGUGGUCGUCGUCCAGCCACUUUCGACACCCAUGGUUCGACACGACUGUUUCGAAACGCAAGCAACCCAGUCCACCACUACCCGAUGAUAUGGACGACAACAACGACGGCGACUUCAAUUCUAACGAUGUUCGCGCGCCUCCAACUAAACGGCGGAGGUAUACCACACUCGAGAAUGGAUUCGCGCACCUAAGCUUGGAUCCUUCUCAUACCUUGUCUGACGCGAAUUCAACAAGAAAACAGUGGGGUGUGAAUGCACCACUUGUGGAAGAGGUACUAACCUCUUCAUCGUCAUACCCAUUUAGCCGACCUUCCGAACAGUUCGAACCUCCUUCAGAUGUCCCUCUUCAAAAUGUGACACUACCAGACUCCAUCGAAGAAGAGGAGGCAUCAGCGCCUGAGGUACAGAUGAAGGUGUCGACGUGGUACGAGCCCGAGCCAAACAGAAUCGUUAUAACCGAUCUCGAUGGCUUUGCAGACUCGGACGAAGAGACGGCACCAGCAAGCAGCGCAGAUAGAGUGAAAGGCUUUGAAGUGCAUCCCGCCUUUCUCGAACAGAUUCGGUCGGGGCAGCAGCGCAAGAUGGACCACGUACCGUCUCCCAGCCCCACUACGAGCCAAGCGCUCGUUCUGUUCCGCCCACCACCGCCUCUACUACGUCCAGCAUCCCCAGACCAAGUCUCGAGCCCACCAUCCGAAACUAGCAAGAACACGCAGCAAGUUGUUGAAGACGAGUAUGCGAUGGAUUUGGACACUGACUGA